UGGGCCCGGGGUGUAGAAGGUAGGAGGUUCGAGGCGCCGGGCGCUUCUCGGGCGGAGAUGGCUGAUGAGAUCCGCAAGGCUCAGGUGGCUCAGCCGGGCGGGGACACCAUAUUCGGAAAAAUCAUCCGCAAAGAGAUCCCCGCCAAGAUAAUCUUCGAGGAUGAAAAGUGCCUUGCGUUCCAUGACAUUUCUCCACAAGCUCCAACUCAUUUCCUCGUGGUCCCCAAGAAACCUAUUGCUCAGUUGUCUCAAGUGCAAGAUACUGAUGAAAAUCUUCUUGGACAUUUAAUCAUUGUGGGCAAGAAAUGUGCAGCUGAAUUAGGCCUGACUAGAGGAUUCCGAAUGGUUGUGAAUGAAGGUCCAGAUGGUGGUCAAUCGGUCUAUCAUGUGCAUCUCCAUGUGCUUGGGGGACGUCAGAUGGAUUGGCCUCCAGGCUAAGAGUCUGACGGGAAGAAAAAAUUGUCCUCAGUCAGUUGAAUGUAGUCCACACUUGUUUUGAAAAUACAGCCCCUGUCAAUAAUACCGAUUAAUCUUUCUUGUGGAACACAAUUAUAAAUUUUGCCCAUAAAUCAAUAAAGUUUAAGCAUAUUGGA